AUGGAGUUCCUGGCUGUCCUCUUCAACAUCGCGAGCUUGAUCUCCGCGGCCUGCCGCAACGCGGAGAGGCUGCCGGCGGCGCUGGUCACGAGCGGCGUCGUCCAGGCCGUGGCGGCGCUCGCGCUCGUCGUCUUCAGGGCUCCGGGAGGAAUCUUUCUUCACCACGGCAAGGCGCCCUUCUACCUAUACUACGGCAUUCUCGUUGCCGUAAUGAUCUUUGGGUUCGUGGAGGCGUCGGCUGGCUUCUAUGUAUCAGGCUGCCUCACUGAUCGCCGCGCCAUCGGUAUGACCAUCCUCUGGGUUUCCAUUCUACCCAUUGUCCUUGUGGCUGGGUUGGGAGGCUUUGUCAUACUGAAAUAG